AGAUCUUCCCACUUCCCCGUUCCUACUUGGCACACGAAGACAUGGAGGGGGAAGAGGGGAAAUCUGUUGCGAGCGCUACGGCCGAGACCCAGACUAAGUCUUUGAACUCUACGCAAACUCUCCCUUCCGAGCCGCCGCCAGCUCCUCCUUCUGCUCCUCCGGUUGUUUCUGCUCCUCCGGCUGUUGCUCCUCCUCCGGUUGUCUCUGCUCCUCCGGCUGUUGCUACUCCUCCGGUUGUCUCUGCUCCUCCGGCUGUUGCUGCUGCUUCCGUUCAGAACAAAAAAAGGAAGCUGGAAGAUGUCGAUCUCCGUAACUCCACUUACUUCAAGAUCCGUGCGGUCGUUAAAGAUCUUCGCCCCUGCUUUAUCGAGGUUCUCCAAACUCCUGACUUUCGAAAUUGCAAAGCAGCUACUGAAAUCCGGAAAAAGAUGAAGACUAUGAUGGAUUUAUAUAAACAAAUGACAAUGGAGAGAAUCUCUAUGGCUAAAUGUAAGAAUACAUUGGACGGUCAGACUUUAUUAAGCGAAACCAGGGACAAGCAGAAACCAGUGGAAAAGCGCCAAGUGGAGAAACCAGUAGAGAAGCGCCAAGUGGAAAAGCGGGCAGAGCAACAUAAAGCUGACAAAAUUCUAGAGAAAUCAUCAGGAGGGAAGCAUCCCCCUGGAGGAAACUCUCACAAGUCGGAAGAUGCUCGAGUUCCAGGUACAUAUGUUGUUGGGGGGUCACCAUGUGGCUGGAAUUUUGUCAUGUAUCCUGGUAGUAAACCAGUCUAUUAUGGGGUAACAAAGGAGUCUCGUCAAGUCGCGAAGUAAGACAACAGUACAAACUUUUGCAUCACCUUGGUCUCGCCAGGUGAUAGGAAAUGGAUGAUUUUAACCUCUGUAAAUGCCGAAUUGCUAAUACCCAUGGCCCCAAAUUUAAGAAAGGAAGAAACAGUGUAAGGUGUGGCCUGGUUGGGGAAUUUUUCGGUGUAUAAUUUUCAAAACAUUAGUGCAUUUUGUGCUCU